UACAGCUGGAUUAUUCACACUCAAGCACCAAAUACGUAGUUAGCUAUGCGGUACGUUGUCCGUUAUUGUGUUGCCGCCAUCGUGUUUACCAGUGCACGUGGAGCAGUGUUUGACGAUGAAACGGAACAAGACGUUGUUAAACUUAUACAGGCCACGUUAGAAUGCCGUCACGUUCCGGGUAUGACGGUUGGCAUCUUCAAAGAACACGAUACAUGGACACGAGGGUUUGGGCUGGCUGAAUUAAAGAGUGGACGGCCUGUUGACGAAAACACAUUGUUCAACAUUGGUUCUGUAACCAAGUCAUUUACCAUGGCUCUGCUGGCGAUCCUGCUUAAAGAGAACAAAUUACAGUGGACGGCGAAGAUAUCCGAUAUUCUUGGCUCAGAGUAUGGGUUCAUUGACGACUAUAGAACACGGAAGACAACUCUUCGAGACCUUUUAUCACAUAGGACAGGCCUAGCCAACCCUGACAUUGGCCUGAUGUCUGGGUUCCCACCAUCUAUAUCGAGGGAAGACCUUUGCAAACGAAUGAGGUAUCUCCCAGAGCAAAUCCCUUUCAGGGACUCCUUCAUCUACAACAAUUACAUGUACAUGUUACUUGGCCACGUCGCAGAAAAGUUGGGUGGAGAUACAUGGGAAAAUCUUGUGACGUCACGAAUUUUUAUUCCCCUUGGAAUGAAGUCAACUAAAAUACUGAACAAGACAUCAGAUGUGCUUGCAAGUGAUAUGGCGCAUCCGUACAUAUACAAGGACGACUUGUUCGAGAACUCAACUUUAGAUAUUUAUGAACUCCACCCGGCGGAGCCAGCAGGAGCCAUAUUGUCGUCUGCAGAGGACAUGGCGCGCUAUUUACAGUUUGUCUUAAACAAUGGGAAUACAACGACUGGGGACCAGCUGGCAGACCCAAUGCUCUUCAAUGAAGCUUUCUCAGCUGCCAUUCCUGUGAAGAGAGGGAAGGUCACCGUGUCAAAACCCACAUUCCCCAUAUCUGACGUGCUAGUCGGAUAUGGAUACGCAUGGUUCGAGAGUAGCUACGAUGGUUACAGAGCGGUGUGGCAUAGUGGAGGCUUGUGGUCUUACAUAACGCUAGUCUGGUUGUUCCCGGAGGAAAAUAUAGGGAUAUUUAUUAGUACAAAUGGAGGCAUGUUCAAGGAUUACCAGUCCAAAUCGUUGACGACAACCAUGUACUAUCUGGCAGACAGAUUAUUGGACAAAGAACCACGGCUAAACUCAUCAACUGCCUGCUCUUUUCCUCUACCUUGGAAAGAAGUUAAUGAGACAGAUUCGAGGUUGACAGAAAUUAAUGCUUUCUGGUCGGACAUUUCCGAGUACACCGGAAUCUACGGAAAUGAGUUUCAACCCGAUUUCAUAUUAACUGUGAACGGAAGUUCACAAACGCAGCUUAACUUCGAAUCGGGAAGACUCGGGGGAAAUCUCUAUUCAACCAAAGACAAAGAACGAUUCUUGAUGGAGAUAACAUACCCAUGGGAAUUUUACAUUCCGCUUAUGGACCAUAACAACGUUACGACAAAAACAAACGUGACCUUUGUUCGCGAAGGUGGAAAAGUGACAUCAAUGAACAUAAACCUUGGCACCAAUAUUACAUUUACAAAAGAUGUUUCCAUGUUAGACGUUAUACCCCGAAACACUAACGGAAGUUGUAGGUUAUUUAGCUCAACUUGUUUGGUAUAUCUGUUAGUUUGCUGCGCUGUGUGGCUACUGUAAAAUGGCUUAUGGCCAAAAUAUAAUCAGCACAUUUAAAAGCACACACGUUUUAUAGAAUCAUGAUAAAUGUGUUGUUGAUGCGCCUUCAACUGUAACGAUACAACAUUUGGUCGUGAU